AAGCUGUUCUAUGGAACGGCAUCAGUGCAGGAGGAUGGCCAGAGGAAGGCGCGCUCUGUCCUUCACAGAGGCCUCGCUCUCCGCGCUCUUCCUGGCUGAACUGCUCGUCUGUGUGGGCCUCGUGACCGUCGGCUGGCUGGCCCUGCACCCUGACGAAACCCAGAGCCAUUUGGACCGAAGCUCAUCAAUACUGAGAGGGGAAUUCACCAUUCUGAACAGCACCGGCUUCACCGAGGAGCUGCUUAACACGUCGUCAGCGCAGUUUAAAGCCCUAGCUUUUGAUGUAGAGCAUCUGGUUUCAGCGCUUUAUGCGGGGAGCUUGCUGGCGGAGCAGUUCAGAGCCAGCGUAGUCCAGCACUUCAGAAAUGAAAACAGGAUGCGGUCUAACAGCCGGAGGAGUGUGGUGGUGACCUUUGACCUGCUUUUCUACGGGCUUGUGGGUUCAGAGGAUGCACAGGAGCAGCUGGUGCACAGAGUGCAGGCUACAGAGGGCGGCGGCCCGGGGGGGCUGCGUGUCGAUGGGGGCAGCAUCCGCGUAACAGGUGAGAAAUGGCCCCCUACAGGCCACCCACUGACUACAACAGGCCGCCUGCCCAGUACAGCUCAAGCCUCCCCUACAGCUCACCUGCCUACCACCACAGGAAAGUUUGCUGCAGUAACACUGCAAUGCCCAGCUGAUCACAUCACCUGCAGUGACGGCAGUCAUUGUGUGCCAAGGGUGCAGUUCUGCGAUGGAGCAGACGACUGUCCUGACGGCUCGGAUGAAAAUGCAGACCUCUGUGCAACGGCGUGUGAUAAACAGUUCUUGCUGCUUGGCCAGGCUGGAAGCUUCCAGUCUCAGAACUUUCCUCUCCCAUAUGACAACAGCAUAACGUGUCGCUGGAUCAUAAGAGUUCUGGAAGGAUUUGUCAUAGCGAUAAACUUCCCGUCGUUUGAAACUGAGGAAGAUAUAGAUGUUCUGAAACUUUACGAGGGAACAGGAGAAACUAAGAAAUUGACGUACAAGCUGUCGGGACGCUCGCCCGGGGAGGUGUGGCUCCUUUCCCAAGAGGCCACUGCCGAGUUCUCCUCCGAUUUCAUUAACAAUCUUGGUGGAUUCGAGGCUGUCUACAGGGCAGCUAACAUCACAGACCUUUCUAACAAGGACAUUGCCAGCUGCUCCUUUGAGGCAGGCCUGUGUUUCUGGAGGCAGGAGCAGUCUGAUGAGGAGGGGGGCUGGUUGAGGGUCAAUGGCCCUACUUUUCCUCCGCUGACAGGACCCAGCUUUGAUCACACCCUGGGGAAUCAGUCAGGGUACUACAUUGUCACUCCAAGGAGUCCUGUCCCAUGGGAGAAGAACUUCAGAAUACAUAGCCUUCCACUGGAUCAUGACAGUGAGCCAGCAUGUCUAAGCUUCUGGUACCACAUGUUUGGAGAGGAUGUGCAGCGGCUCAAGGUUCUGCUGUACUGGCCAAAUGGUACCACCAUGACCUUUGAGAGGGAGGGAAACUAUGGCGACGCCUGGCACUAUGGGCAGGCCACGCUGUAUGACACAGCAGAGCUGACGGUGGUAUUUGAAGCCCAAAAGAAGGGAGGGUUGACAAAUGAUAUUGCCCUUGAUGACAUCACCUUGAGCAGAGGGCCCUGUGUGGACGAGAUCUAUCCAGAGCCCACCCAUGUUCCUGUCCCUACAACCCCACCCUCUCUGCCGUCUGAUUGCGGGGGGCCUUUCAAUCUUUGGGAGCCAAACUCAACUUUCAGCUCUCCCAACUACCCUAAGUCCUACAGCAACAAGUUGUCCUGUGUGUGGACACUGCAUACUGAAGAAGGGAAGAACAUCCAGCUGCACUUCCUGGACUUUGACGUAGAAGCAACAUUUGAUAUGGUGGAGAUUCGGGAUGGAGAGGGAAUGGAGUCAACAUUGCUGGGCAUCUUCACUGGCAGCAGUCCUUCGUUUGUGGACAUUUUCUCUACAACCAAUCAUAUGACAGUGCUCUUUAUCACGGACAAAUCUGGAUAUGGUCGAGGCUUCCAGGCUAACUUCACUUCUGGCUUUGGGUUGGGUCUUCCGGAGCCAUGUGAAAAUGGAUACUUCCAGUGCAGUUCAGGGUCUUGUGUCUCCAACAUCAGUGUGUGUGAUGGCCAGCCAGACUGCCUCGAUGCCUCAGAUGAGGCUGAAUGUGUGCACCUCCUUCCAGUGAAUGGAAACAGCGCUGAACUGCUGCAGCUUCAGGUCCAGGGUUCCUGGUACAUGGUAUGCAGUAGAUACUGGAACUCCGAACUUUCCAACUUUGUCUGUAGUUAUCUGGGCUUCCGAAAUGGAAAUGCCUCGAUGUUGCUUGUACCCGAGGGAAACUCCACCUCAUUCAUCACGCUAUAUGAGACGCAGAAUGGUACUUUGGACCUUAUUCCCAGUGAUUCUUGUACUGAGCAGAAGGUUAUAUCUUUGGAGUGUGACAACAGCCCUUGUGGCACACAGAUGGUCUCCUUAAAGGCAAGAGGCAGAGCGACGUCAGAGAGAUGGGAAGAGGAGGCUGUCAGAAUAGUGGGCGGCACAGAUGCCCCCAUGGGGGCGUGGCCAUGGGCGGGGUCACUGCACUGGAGAGGGCGACAUGCAUGUGGGGCAUCUUUGAUUGGAAGGGAGUGGCUACUUACUGCUGCCCACUGUGUCUAUGGGAAGCACCUCCAUCUCUCCAGCUGGUCGGUCUACCUGGGCGUUCACUCACAGUCUGAUAUUAGCUCCCCGACUGUUCAGGAAUGUCGGAUAGACCGCAUUGUUUUCAACGAGCAUUACAACAAGCGCACCAAGGACAGCGACAUAGCCAUGAUACAUUUGGACACGCAGGUCAACUUCACAGACUUCAUCCAGCCCAUUUGCCUGCCCGAUCGGGAACAGCAGUUUGAGGAAGGGAGGAAGUGCAUCAUUGCUGGCUGGGGAAGGGAGAGUGAACAAGGCCCUGUGGCUGAUGCACUACAGCAGGCUAGCGUGCCUCUAGUGGGGCACACUGAAUGUCAGACGUUACUUCCCGAAUACAACAUCACGGCCAGGAUGGUGUGUGCCGGGUUUCCACAGGGGGGCAUUGACUCUUGUCAGGGUGACUCCGGGGGCCCCCUCAUGUGUCACAGUGGACACAGCUGGAUCCUGGCGGGGGUGACCUCGUUUGGCAUAGGCUGUGGGCAGCCCAAGAGGCCCGGUGUUUAUACCCUAGUCUCACAGUUUGCUGACUGGGUGGCAGAGACCCGGCGAUCUGGGAUGAGAGAAAAUACAUUUCUGUAAUAUAACCUGAGUCUGUUGCUCCCAUAACUGUAAGCUGUCCCUAACAUGAAUUUCCCCCUAGAAUCAAUAAAGUCAAUAUUAAUAUUAAUAUUAAUAUUAAUGACCUGAAGCUGAUCUUUUCCCCCUUGUUCCUGCUUUGUGCACCAUUUUGUAUAAAUGAUGUAGUACUGGAUCGCCACACGCUCGUGUAAAGCACCUUAGGGCAACUGUGUUGUGAAAGGCG